AUGAGCACAACGUAUCCUAGCAACUGCCUACACUUUCUCAACACAUCGAGGGAAGAGAACGCCACUGCUCAAAGCACAACUAGCUUGAACAUUAUCGUUGUAGGUGCGGGUCUCGGUGGCCUAGCAACGGCCAUAGCCCUCGCAACAUAUGGACAUAAAGUGACGAUCUACGAGCAAGCACCAGAGCUUGGAGAGGUCGGUGCGGGAAUCCAGAUCCCUUCUAACUCGGCCCGUCUGCUUCUGAAGCUAGGAGUGGGGCCGUACCUGGCGAAAUGCGCAUCUGAGCCAGAGAGCAUAUCGUUCCGCCGCUGGGAGAGCGGCGGGAUCAUUGGUUUCACUAAGCUGAAGCCUGAUUUCCGAGAAAACUUUAGUGCACCGUACUACGUCGUUCACCGUGCCGAUUUUCAUUCUGCGCUAGUUCAGCGCGCGGUCGAGCUGGGUGUCUCCCUGAAACUCGGCGAAAAGGUCGGUGAGUAUGAACCGUUGAAGCCGGGUAUCCGCCUUGAGCGGGGGGUCUUCGUCACAGCGGACCUUGUGGUGGCGGCCGAUGGAAUCAAGUCUAUUGCUAGACCGUUGCUGGACGAUCACUUGGACAUGCCGCCUACAAAUUUGGGUUUUGCUGCUUACCGCGCGACAGUAGAUGUCGGCCUUCUCAGACAGGAUCCCGAUACAGCGUGGAUACUUGAGAAGCCAGCUCUAAAUAUAUGGAUUGGCGACAAACGACACGUCAUGACAUACACAAUUGGAGCAGGCAAGUCAUUCAAUAUGGUCCUCUCUCAUUGGGACCCAAGUGAUCCAACAACCUGGGACCAGAGUUCUGCGUUGCAGGAUAUGCGACGUGAGUUUACGGGAUGGGAUCCACGUUUAACGAAGAUUAUCGAACUCAUUACGAAGACGGCCAAGUGGCCGCUGGUGAGUAGCACUCCCCUCUCCCGUUGGACCUUAGGCAAGGUCGUCCUCCUAGGAGAUGCCGCCCAUGCAAUGCUCCCGUAUAUGUCGCAAGGUGCUGCCAUGGCCGUGGAGGACGGUGUAGCUCUCGCGCGAGCCUUGUCGAGGAUUUCACCCGGCACCACCAUUGAUGACGCCCUUGCGGUGUUUGAGAGAGUUCGCGCAAAAAGGACACGCCUGAUGCAAGACGCGAGUCUGCUUAAUGGACAGCUAUGGCACUUCCCGGAUGGGCCCCUCCAGCAAGCUCGCGAUGAGGCGAUGAAGCCGGAGACACAGGGGCGACCCCUUUCCCACAGUCCGAAUCAGUGGAGCGAUCCGGCGACGCAGAUGUGGGCCUACGGGUAUGAUGCCGAAAAGGCGAUAGACGAGGCGUUUGUGUAA